ACUCUGAAGCUCUGGAAUAACAGAGGAGAAACAGACUGGACACACCAACAACGAGUUCUGGAAAACAGAGAGAGAGAAAAGAGAAGAGAAGAGAGAGAGAAGAGAGUGAGAGAGAGAGAGACAGAGAGAAAGAGACAGAGAGAGAGAGAGAGCGAGAGAGAGAGAGACAGAGAGAGACAGAGAGAGAGAGACAGAGAGAGACAGAGAGAGUCAUGGGACCUUUGAGAUUAUAAACUCCUUGUUUUUGCUGCUGUUUAAAAGGUUACCGAACAACAACAUCAAUUGGACUACUAAACUACUAACUAGGAUUUUGUCUAGCUGGUAUGGAUAUAUCUGAGUCUAGUUCUCCGCCAGGCCAGGAUGGAGCCGGUCAGCGUCCAUGGGUGUCUUCCCCCAGCCCGGGUCCUGAUCGUGGGCUAAGACCCUUCGACCAGACCCCCCUCUCUGAAGGAUCUGGAGACUGUGGCCCCACUGGUUCCCGUAAAGAGGCCGGUACAGGAGCCCCAGGGAGUGGACCAUGGACAGGGGCAGGUAGUCCUGACUCGACCCACCCAGGAGCACCUUCCUUGGGUAGCGGUGAAGGGAAGCCAGGAGGUGAGUCGAGGAUCCGUCGGCCCAUGAAUGCCUUCAUGGUGUGGGCUAAAGACGAGAGGAAACGACUGGCCGUUCAGAACCCAGACCUCCACAAUGCUGUCCUCAGCAAGAUGCUGGGUCAGUCGUGGAAGGCCCUGACUACUCUGGACAAGCGUCCCUUCGUUGAGGAGGCCGAGAGACUCCGACUCCAACACCUGACGGACCACCCCAACUACAAGUACCGCCCCCGUCGCAAGAAACAGGCCAAAAAGCUCAAACGGGUGGAACCGGGGCUACUGCUCCACAGCCUAGCCCAGGGAGAGACAGGGGAGGUCUAUGGACAACCACAGGAUAGUUAUGUACAUCCAGGCCACCAUCACCCCCAUCACCACCUCUUGCCUCCUCUCGUCCACUUUAGGGACCUUCACUCAGGGGACCUGGAGAGCUACGGCCUUCCCACACCGGAGAUGUCCCCCCUGGAUGUGAUGGAGGAGACAGGAGGGGACGGAGGGGUGUUCUUUCCCCCUCACAUGCAGGAGGACACGGGCCCGCAUGGCGCUUGGAGUAACUACCAUCAUUAUAACAAACACCAUCACCACAACCCUCACAACCCUCACAGUAAUCACCCCCGUUCUUUUAGUCAGAGUCAGGGUCAUAGUCAGGGGCAUAGUGGUCAUGAUCAUCAUCUUAGCCAGAGGGGCUCCUUGCUCUGUCGUCGUCCCCAGGAGAAGGGCCUCAACCUGGCUCCAGAGCCUACGAACUCUCCCAGUCUGUACUCUAACCCCCAGGGCUCCUCUAUAAGCCUGUCUGAGCAAGUCAAACCUCAUCUUUCUAUCGGUAGUUCCACUGUGUCCUCUGGUUACUAUAGUUACCUGUAUAGUAGCUCUGGAUCAGACACCAACCAGUCAUCCCACUUCACCUCUCACCUGGGGCAGCUCUCUCCCCCACCUGAGUCCUUAUCCCUGGCCCCUACAUCCAACCCCUUAGCCCCCCAGUCCCUGGACUCUAUACGGGACCAGCCAGGCCAUGGUUCCUCAGGUCCUACGUCAACAGAGUUCUGGACAGAAGUGGAUCGACAUGAGUUUGACCAGUACCUCAGCGCCAGCCGGACUCGAACGGAGGAGCAUGGGGGUACUCUCGUCCCUGUUUCUAAUUCUUUGGAACGGUACGGGGGUGGAGCUAUAGCCUUGAGGAGGAGCCCUGUCGCCUGUGAGGAGAGCCAGAACAGUCCUCUAAUUUCACUUCUGUCUGAUGCUAGUAGUGUUGUCUACUACAGUACCUCUAUCACUGGCUAGACUCCUGGUCUUAGACUGACUUAGUGUUCAGAUGUUCGCUGUAGUCUGGAAUAGUCCAGUACAGCCUACCUGUGGCUCAACGGUAUGUUAACAAAAAUAUACAUACUUUUAAUUCUUGAGUGACCCUUGAUGUAGUUUGCACUACGAAAUAGUAACAGAUGUGCAAAACACUAAACUUAGGCAAGCACACCUCGUCAACAAACAAACAAAAAAUGUUCAAGUAUUUGAAAGAAUUGGACUUUGAAGUAUUUGACACAGGUCUACAGUUGAGGACUUUGAUGACUUUCAGCGUAAGAUUGUUUUAUAGUCUGCAACAGACGACGGCAGGCCACUUAAGAAUACUGAGCUCUUCUACUUACUGCCCAGACAGGCAGAACAUUUAUAAUGACAAAACUGCUAAUUUUUAUUAUAGCCAUUUUUAUACACUUCCUGUUUCCUGUUGUUUGUUUUAUUUGCGUUGAAUUAUUUGCACUGGGUCAAAAACGUGUGCAUAGGAAGACCACUAGGGUAUAACCCUUUGGGUAACACAUUCUCUUGACAAUCCAUCUUGAGAUGCUCUACAGACCAUUUACAAGCUAUCAGAAACAUUUCAACUAACUGUCUACUAACCCUAACCCUUAUCCUAACCCUAACCCUAACCCUUAUCCUAACCUUAACCCUAACCCUAACCCUUAUCCUAACCUUAACCUUAACCCUAACCUUAACCCUUAUCCUAACCCUAACCCUAACCCUUAUCCUAACCCUAACCCUAACCCUAACCCUUAUCCUAACCCUAACCCUUAUCCUAACCCUAACCCUAACCCUAACCCUAACCCUUAUCCUAACCCUAACCUUAACCCUAACCCUUAUCCUAACCUUAACCCUAAACCUAACCCUAACCUUAACCCCAACCCUUAUCCUAACCUUAACCCUAACCCUUAUCCUAACCCAAACCUUAACCUUAACCCUAACGCUUAUCCUAACCUUAACCCUAACCCUUAUCCUAACCCUGACCUUAACCCGUACCUUUAUUCUAAACCUACCUGAAACCUUAGCAAGCAGUUGCUCAGCAACAGAUAGUUUGUUGAUAGUAUGACCGUCUAUAGACCAUCUAUAGAACAUCUGUAGACCAUCUAUAGACGUCUGUAUCUAUAGACCAUCUGUAUCUGUAGACCAUCUAUAGAGGAUCCGUAUCUAUAGACCAUCUGUAUACCAUCUACAGACCAUCCACAGACCAUCUACAGACCAUCUAUAGACCAUCUGUAUACCAUCUACAGACCAUCCACAGACCAUCUACAGACCAUCUAUAGACCAUCUAUAGACCAUCUGUAGACCAUCUGUAGACCAUCCACAGACCACCUAUAGAGCAUCUACAGACCAUCUAUAGACCAUCUGUAGACCAUCUAUAUAGGAUCUGUAUCUAUAGACCAUCCGUAUCUAUAGACCAUCUAUAAAGGAUCUGUAUCUAUAGACUAUAUGUAUCUAUAGACUAUCUGUAUCUGUAGACCAUCUGUAUCUAUAGACUAUAUGUAUCUAUAGACUAUCUGUAUCUAUAGACUAUCUGUAGACCAUCUGUAUCGGUAGACUAUCUGUAUCUGUAGACCAUCUAUAGACCAUCUGUAUCUAUAGACCAUCUGUAGACCAUCUGUAUCUGUAGACCAUCUGUAUCUGCAGACCAUCUAUACACCAUCUAUAGACCAUCUGUAUCUAUAGACCAGCUGUAUACCAUCUGUAUCUAUAUACCAUCUGUAUCUAUAGACUAUCUGUAUCUAUAGACUAUAUGUAGACCAUCUGUAUCUAUAGACUAUCUGUAUCUAUAGACCAUCUGUAUACCAUCUGUAUCUAUAGACCAUCUGUAUCUAUAGACUAUCUGUAUCUAUAGACUAUCUGUAGACCAUCUGUAUCUAUAGACUAUCUGUAUCUAUAGACUAUCUGUAGACCAUCUGUAUCUAUAGACUAUCUGUAUCUAUAGACCAUCUGUAGACCAUCUGUAUCUAUAGGCUAUCUGUAUACCAUCUGUAUCUAUAGACUAUCUGUAUCUAUAGACUAUCUGUAGACCAUCUGUAUCUAUAGACUAUCUGUAUCUAUAGACCAACAGUAGACCAUCUAUAGACCAUCUGUAUCUAUAGACUAUCUGUAUACCAUCUGUAUCUAUAGACUAUCUGUAUACCAUCUGUAUCUAUAGACUAUCUGUAUCUAUAGACUAUCUGUAGACCAUCUGUAUCUAUAGACCAACAGUAGACCAUCUAUAGACCAUCUGUAUCUGUAGACCAUCUGUAGACCAUCUGUAGACCAUCUGUAUCUAUAGACCAUCUGUAGACCAUCUGUAUACCAUCUGUAUCUAUAGACCAUCUGUAGACCAUCUAUAGACCAUCUGUAUCUAUAGACCAUCUGUAGACCAUCUAUAUCUGUAGACCAUCUGUAGACCGUCUGUAGACCAUCUAUAGACCAUCUGUAUCUGUAGACCAUCUGUAGACCAUCUAUAUCUGUAGACCAUCUGUAGACCGUCUGUAGACCAUCUAUAGACCAUCUGUAUCUGUAGACCAUCUGUAGACCGUCUGUCCAGAUAAAGUGUGACCAAACGUUGUCAUGAAACCGUUUUUAAAAAGGGACUACAUAGUUUGCAGAUGAAGAUAUCAAGGCCAUGUGACUGUAUCAGGUCUGCAGUAGUAGUUAGGAGUUUAUUUUGAACAACUUUUUCUAUUUACAUCAAACAGUUGAAUAAUCCUAUUUUAAUUUCAGUCACCACACAUGAAAGGGCAAUCUGGGAUUAGGGAAUCAAUUGAAGGACUUUUAAAUGAAUGACAUACAGCCUCUGUACCAAAACGGGUGGGUGACAGCUUUGUUGUUGUUUGUUUCCCAGAAUGCCCCUUUAAAGACCAUGUUGAGCAGGUCAUAAAUCAUGUUCUUUUGGUAAUAAUUAUAAUAUAAUGAUUAUCUCUGAACAAAAAGCAAAGUUUGGAAUAAAACAAACUACACCAUCUCUCUGCAAUGAAAUACCAAAAGGCAAAAAUAAAAUGCAUUUAUUUCAUACAGUAUGUCAUUGUAAUUAUAACAUUACUGUGACUCGGGAUUAUUUAAAAAAAAAACAUUUUAUACUUCAGUUGUUGUUGUUUUUAUUGAAAAGGGCAUUUUUAAAUGAAUUAUGUUGCUUUAAAAAAUAUUUUACAUAAUAAAAUGAAAGUUAUUUCUAGAA